AUGUUCAUUCCUGGGACUCCCUUAACGUUGGGCAACAGCUAGCCAAAUACUUUUGCGCUUGCAUCCGCCUUAGGCUGUUAUGCUGCCUUUUCCCUUUAGACUUUUUGCCAAGCCCCUGAGGAGAUGUUGCCAAGCUGCGGGCAGUUUGCAGACCCAGCACAGCAAAGCAGCCGCCGCGUCUUCCAAGGAUGCCAUGUCAUGGACGGGGCAGGAGACCUUGGCGGAGAGUGACCCUGAGAUGUGGGAACUGGUGCAGCAAGAAAAGGAUCGGCAGUGCCGGGGACUGGAACUCAUCGCCUCAGAGAAUUUCUGCAGCCGAGCCGCCCUGGAGGCCCUGGGUUCCUGCCUGAACAACAAGUAUUCGGAGGGUUAUCCUGGCAAAAGAUAUUACGGUGGUGCUGAGGUGGUGGACCGCAUUGAGCUGCUGUGCGAACGCCGUGCUCUGGAGGCUUUUGACCUGGAUCCUGAGCGCUGGGGGGUGAACGUCCAGCCCUACUCUGGGUCCCCUGCCAACUUUGCGGCGUACACAGCCCUGUUGCAGCCCCACGAGCGUCUCAUGGGCCUGGACUUACCUGAUGGAGGCCACCUGACACAUGGUUAUAUGUCGGAUGUCAAGCGUAUCUCGGCCACGUCCAUCUUCUUCGAAUCCAUGCCCUACAAGCUAAAUCCAGCAACGGGACUGAUUGAUUAUGACCAGCUAGAAGUAACUGCCCGUCUCUUCCGCCCACGUCUUGUUAUUGCUGGCACCAGUGCCUAUGCCCGCCUUAUCGACUAUGCCCGCAUCAAGAAGGUGUGUGAGGAGGUAAAGGCCUACAUGCUAGCUGACAUGGCCCACAUCAGCGGCUUGGUGGCAGCCAAAGUUAUCCCAUCGCCCUUUGAAUAUGCUGAUUUGGUGACCAGCACAACCCACAAGACAUUGCGUGGGGCCAGGUCUGGGCUGAUCUUCUACCGCAAAGGGGUCCGUUCUGUGGACAAGAAGACGGGGAAGGAGAUCCCCUACAACCUGGAGGAGAGGAUCAACUUUGCUGUGUUCCCAUCACUGCAGGGUGGGCCUCACAACCAUGCUAUUGCUGCUGUUGCUGUGGCCCUGAAACAGGCCAGCUCACCCAUGUUCCGGGAGUAUUGCCAGCAGGUACUGAAGAAUGCUAAAGCCAUGGCAGAAGCUCUGCUGCAACGAGGAUACACUCUGGUCUCAGGGGGCACGGACAACCACUUGGUUCUUGUGGAUCUGCGGCCAAAAGGCAUCGACGGGGCCCGGGCCGAGCGGGUGCUGGAACUGGUGUCCAUAACAGCGAACAAGAACACGUGCCCUGGAGACAAGAGUGCAUUAACACCCGGCGGGUUACGGCUUGGGGCACCUGCGCUUACCUCCCGAUGUUUCCGGGAAGCUGAUUUCCAGAAAGUGGUGGAAUUCAUGGAUGAAGGAAUCCAGAUUGGGCUGGACGUCAAAAAGAAAACCGCCAAGCUCCAAGACUUCAAAUCUUUCUUGCUAACUGACCCCGAGACAAAGAGGAGCCUGGCAGACCUCCGGCAACGUGUCGAGACCUUCGCCCGUGCCUUCCCCAUGCCUGGCUUUGAGGAGCGUUGAAAGUUAUGCCCAACCAGAGACUGGCUGUCAUGCCCAGAGCAAGGCUUGCAAGAGGCCAAAUGCCGGGAGUCCCUGUGCCCCUUGCCUCUGAGAUGUAGCCAGCCAGCGGGGGCCUUUUUUUCCAGAAGAGCCAUCUCCUUUGGCCCCCGUUUUCCUCUCCCCUGUGCUCAUUUUAUAGUGACUACAACAGCCGACCUCCUUUUGUUUACAGCGAGACUAGUCUCUGACUCACAAUACGUUUGUAGUGCUUUGUGCCAUCCAUUAGACAAGAUGGACUGUGAAAAUUAAACAGCUCCCACAAUCGCCUCUGAACCGCGACUGAAUCAAGGCCAAGAUAUUUUUUUGAGAUUCUCUCUUGGUAAACUGGCAUGCCAGCGAGUGUACGUGUAUUCAUGACUAAAGCAUAAAUAUGCAGAUGCCGGCAUGCACAUAACCAGGAUCCACAUCUAUUUCAUUAGGACUGCAACCCCUGUAUUUGAGUUUGUAUAUCUAAAGAACCAUACAUUUGCACAAACAGAUAUUUCA